AUGGACAGCAGGAUACUGGAUCCACCGCACGCCCAGUUCGGGAUGGUGGGCUUCCCGUACCAUCUGAGCCACCACCACGUUUACGAAUUAGCCGGGCAUCAACUUCAAUCUGCGUCCGCGGUCCCCUUCUCAAUAGACGGAUUACUCAAUGGAUCGUGCACGGCAUCUGUGGGAAAUUCCAACCCCCUCUUGUCUUCGGGCUGUGGGAUGAAUGGAGAUAAUCAGCAGUACAAACUGACAGACUCGGGGGACCCAGACAAAGAUAGCCCCGGAUGCAAGAGACGGAGAACGCGCACAAAUUUCACCGGUUGGCAGCUGGAGGAGUUAGAAAAGGCGUUUAACGAGAGCCACUAUCCGGACGUGUUCAUGAGGGAAGCUCUGGCGCUGCGUUUGGACCUCAUCGAGUCCAGGGUGCAGGUUUGGUUCCAGAAUCGCAGAGCCAAGUGGCGGAAAAAGGAGAACACGAAGAAGGGCCCAGGUCGACCAGCCCACAACGCACACCCCACCACGUGCAGCGGGGAGCCCAUGGACCCGGAGGAGAUCGCGCGGCGAGAGCUGGACCGCAUGGAGAAGAAGAAGCGUAAGCAGGAGCGGCGGCUACUCAAGGCCCAGAACAGGGCGUCCGGCUCCGGGGACAUGUUCCACACGCCCGGCGGCUCGGACAGUGACAGCGGCGUGUCCCACGUGACCGACUCUGAACACAACAUGAGCCUGUCCUUUGACAACAACAGCCACCACUCGAGCUGUGAGCCACUCCCAAACCAAAGACACCCGGAGAGAGACAUGGGGCCCGACAGCAGCGCCCUGAACAGCGGCAGCGUCACCAAACUCAACCCGUUCAGCGUGGAGAGCCUUCUCUCGGACUCCAGACCCAGACGCACCCCCGCGGCCUUACCCCCCUCGCGGCCUUUGAUAGGAAAAGGACACUUCCUUCUCUAUCCCAUUACUCAGCCACUAGGAUUCAUUGUUCCCCAAACUGCUUUGAAAAGUAACUGUUCGCCAGGGCAUGCGGAGGGGCAGCCCGGUGGAUCUAGGGCGGACUCCUCUCUCACCGCGGAGGAGCACCAGUCAGCAGGCAGCAGCCCACACGCGUCCGCCUUCCAGACUCAUACCCCUGACGCCUCGUACGAACACAACACGAGCUCGAGCCCCGCUGUAGCUGCCGACGUGGACAGAAAAGAGCUUUUAGAGCAUUUAGAAAACAAGGACGAGAACCGUGCGUCUGUACCACGUGACAGCCCCGCAGACAGCACUAAAGACACGGAGUAA